AUGCCUGGGCUGAAUUCUACACUACAACCAUACAUAGGUUUAUCCAACCAAGGCGCCACUUGCUACAUGAAUAGUUUAUUGCAAACGCUUUUUAUGACUCCUGAAUUCUGCUUAAGGUUAUAUCAGUGGAAAUAUGAUGCAGAAAAGCAUCAAAGCAAGGAAGACUGCAUUCCGUAUCAGCUGCAAUUGCUAUUUGCCAAGCUUCAGCUUAAAGAGUCAAGCUACGUAGAAACAACAGGACUUACUAAAAGUUUCCAAUGGUCAAUCCGUGAAAGCUUGCAGCAACACGACGUCCAAGAAUUCUGCCGAGUUCUGUUUGAUGCUGUUGAAGAAAGUGUGAAAGGGACUGACCAAGCCAAAAUGAUUACUGAGCUGUAUGAAGGAACAAUAUUAGAUUACGUCAGAUGCUCACAGUGUGGCAAUGAAUCAAAAAAAGAAGAUAAAUUCCUCGACCUCAGCUUGACUGUAAAAAACGAGUUCGACCAAGUUUAUAACGACAGUGUAGAAAAAGCUUUUAAUAGCUAUCUGAAGCCAGAGAUAUUAAGUGGGGAUAAUAAGUAUCUAUGCGAAAAAUGCCAAGCCAGAACAGACGCAGUAAAAGGGCUGAAAUUUAUGAAAUUGCCUUAUAUUUUGGUACUACAGCUAAAAAGAUUUGACCUAGACUACACAACUCUGCAGAGAAAGAAAUUGAAUGAUAAAGUCACAUUUCCUCAAAUUCUAAACAUGAACCCUUUUAUGAAAGGGGAAAUAUCUGGAGAGGAAGAAAUAGCAGAAACAGAGUCUAUGGAUAUUGAAGAAUCAGAAGAAGAAAACUUGAUUUCUAUAGCUCCUUUAGACAUAGAUGAUAGAGUCCUACAAGUCAAAAAAAUAGCAGAAGUUGAAAAUAUUGCUUAUGAUAGAGAAAAAUAUAGCCAAAAAUUAGAUGCGAUUGCCAUUGAAAGACAUAGGCAAAUGGCUGUCGAAAUCAGAGCAAAAAAUAGAGAAAAACUAGUGAAUCAGUAUUUGGAGCAAGGAGAAGACGUUUAUGAAUUGUUUUCUAUUAUGAUUCAUGCAGGAUCUGCACUGGGAGGGCAUUAUUAUGCAUAUAAUCUAUGCACUCGUAUAGAUUUCUCUUUAGGACUUUUACAAUGGACGGCUGAAGUGCUGGAAUAUUCAAUACUAAGGAAAUGGGCUCGAUAACAAUUUAUAAUAAUUAUUAGUAUAGGAUGAUAUAUUGUUUCUAAGUCAAAAAGAAAGACAUUUGUUUACGAAACAAGUUGAAUUCGGGAUCUUAUCGGAAGAGUUUGGGUUGCUAUGUAAGCGGACACUAAAAAUGGAACUGGGCAAAGAGUGAUCUGAGGAGAAAGUAGCCGAUAUGUGAAAGAAGUGCAUAAAGACUGCCUUUAUCGUGGUUCCCGGCAGUUUGGGACAGUGUAAUCUGAACUAAUCCUUGUUCCUGAGUCGCGGGAUUUUGUUGUGUUCGAUCCAUUUUUAUUGCCGACUUUGACAAGCCAAGGUAACUUGGCGAGCCUAAUUAUAAAUGAAAAUGGAAAUAAGCAACGCUACAAUACAUACAAAAUAUAUCAGUGCGCCAGACAAUAGACCCUUGAAAUUUAAUAGGCAAGCAGCAAUGCUUUUAAUGAUGAAAAAUCAAAAUGAAAAUAUCAACUUAUAUAGGCAUCUUUCGAUAAACAUUUUUUAAUUCUCUCUAUACACCUCAAUUUGCAUUUGCGGAAAGAGUUAUAGGGAUGAUAAAAUAAGUUUAACAGAGUUGAAGGAAAUGAGAUCCUUAAAAAGUUAAAUACUGUGCAAGAGUUAGAAAUGCAAGUUUAAAUAUUUUAGACAAGAUUUUUGAUUACAAUGCACAUAUAAGCUUCUCUUAGUGAGUUAUUUUUGCUGCCGAAUCCGCUUCAAGUAAUAUCUGUUAAAUGCUAACGGCAAUAAGUAUCACCCUUUACCUAUACCAGAAUUGAAUAUGUAGAUUGGAAUAUUUGUACAAGAUUUUCAACGAUAAUUUACGCUUAAGCUUUAUUCAAUAAUUAAUUUUUGCUGCCUAAUCUGCUCGAAUCCGCUUCAAGUAAUAGCUGUUUAAACGCUAAAGGCAAUAAGUAUCGCAAUUUACAUAUACCAGAAUUAAAGUGGAAGUUUGAAAGUAUUUUGUACAAGAUUUCUAAUUCUAAUGCACGCUUAAGCUUUAUUUAAUAAUUAACUUUUGCUGCCUAAUCCGCUCGAAUCCGCUUAAAGUAAUAUCUGUUAAAUUCUAACGGUAAUAAGUAUCACCCUUUACAUAUAUCAGAAUUGAACAUGCAGAUUAGAAUAUUUUAUACAAGAUUUUCAACGAUAAUCCACACUUAAGCUUUAUUCAAUAAGUACCUUUUGCUGCCUAAUCCGCUCGAAUCCGCUUCAAGUCAUAGCUGUUAAAUGUUGACGGCAAUAAGUAUCGACCUUUGCAUAUACCAGAAUUAAACAUGUAGAUUGUAAUAUUAUAUACAGAUUUUUAAACGAUAAUGCAUGCAUAAGCUUUAUUCAAUAAUUACCUUUGGCUGCCUAAUCCGCUCGAAUCCGCUUGCAGUAAUAGCUGUUAUAUGCUACCGGCAAUAAGUAUCACCCUUUGCAUAUACCAGAUUAAAAUGUAAAUUUGAAAGUAUUUUGUACAGGAUUUUUAAUUAUAAUACACAUAUAAGCUUCUCUUAGUGAGUACUUUGUGCAGCCUAAACCGCACAAAUCCGCUUAAAGUAAUAUCUGUCAAACGCUAACGGCAAUAAGUAUCGCCCUUUGCAUAUUCCUUUACAUAUACUAGAUUAAAGUGUAAAUUUGAAAGUAUUUUGUACAAGAUGUUUAAUUAUAAUAUAUCUAUAAGCUUCUCUUAGUGAGUUAUUUUUGCUGCUGAAUCUGCUCUAAUCCGCAUCAAGCAAUAUCUGUUAAACGUUAACGGCAAUAAGUAUCACCCUUUACAUAUACCAGAAUUGAGCAUGUAGAUUAAAAUAUUUUAUACAAGAUAUUCAACGAUAAAUCAAAAAUCUUGUAUAAAAUAUUGUAACGUUGGUUAUUUCCAUUUUCAUUUAUAAUUAGGCUCGCCAAGUUACCUUGGCUUGUCAAAGUCGGCAAUAAAAAUGGAUCGAACACAACAAAAUCCCGCGACUCAGGAACAAGGAUUAGUUCAGAUUACACACUGUCCCAAACUGCCGGGAACCACGAUAAAGGCAGUCUUUAUGCACUUCUUUCACAUAUCGGCUACUUUCUCCUCAGAUCACUCUUUGCCCAGUUCCAUUUUUUAGUGUCCGCUUACAUAGUAACCCAAACUCUUCCGAUAAGAUCCCGAAUUCAACUUGUUUCGUAACAAAUGUCUUUCUUUUUGACUUAGAAACAAUUAUUACUUAUAUAUCAUCCUAUACUAAUAAUUAUUAUAAAUUGUUAUCGAGCCCAUUUCCUUAGUAUUGAAUAUUCCAGCACUUCAGCCGUCCAUUGUAAAAGUCCUAAAGAGAAAUCUAUACGAGUGCAUGGAUUAUAUAUAAAAUCAUUUGACUCACAAAGAUGGUUCAAUUUUAACGACACACAGGUCAAAGAAAUUGACGAAAAAGAUAUAGAAAAGGUCUACGGAGGUACUUCUUCACCGUCAUGGGGAGGCCAUUAUGGAGCAAAUGCUUAUCUUUUAAUGUAUAGAAAAGUCCACCCAGCCAAUAUCACAAAUGCUAGUGAAAUUCAAAUUCCUGACUAUUUAUACUAUUCUUUAUAAUUAAGCAUUAAUUAUUAAUAGACUUUAUAUAUAUUAUUAUUUUUUAGCUUUAUCUGAUGAGGCUUACUUCAAGAGCUGAAGAGUGAAACAGAACAAAAACUUAAAGAACAACGAGAAAGGGAAGAAAAAUUAAUGCAGCUUCAGCUAAAAGUCUAUUAUUUAUCAGAAGAAAAAAGUAUCAUUAUCAGAAAAGAUGCAACAUUACAUGAUCUCAAAAGAAAAGUAAUGGGAGAAUUUCACGUGGAGGAGUUAAGAGAUGAAGACACAAGACUAAGAAAUUAUAAUGCCCUGCAAGAUGUUUAUUUAAAUACAUAUACCGGCAAAGAGAACUGGACCAUAGAGUCACUGAUGAUUUUGAAUCAUUAUACUCUUGUGCUAGAAACAAAAGAACCUGAUGAGGUUUUUGUUGAUUAUAACCCAAACCAAUUUGCUGUUAAAGUGUAUAGAUGAAAUCCUCUUUUAGCUGACAUAAAUUAUAAGACUUUUGAACAAAAAUACAGAAACCCUACAAGGCUUCAAAUCGAAAAAUCAGGAAAAUUAAGUGAACUUAUGGCUCUUGUGCAAAGUGUCUUUGGUAUCCCAAUAGAAAGGCAGCUUUUGUACAGAAAAAGCAACUUAAAAAACAAUUUCGCAUUAGAAGAAAUAUCGAUUCUCCAGCUCUAUAGCAAAGUGCUUAUGAGCCUAAAGGUAGUUGAAGGCACAGCACUACUGUUGGAAGAAAAAUGCCAAGACGAAUCUAAUUGGAAAAAAGAGAUGGAAAAGGAAUCAUACAAAAUCGUAUUAAAAUUCAAUUCGGUCAACUGUGGAAAAUAUGAAAAUGAAAUCAUCAUGGACAAAAGGCAACUGCUUAAAAACUUAAAGUGCUAUAUAUCAAGCACAAUAAAUGUUCCAGAAGACCUCUUUUUGAUGAAACGGGGUAGCAUGAAUGGGCAUGAACUGAAAGAUAUGAACGCUACCUUAUCUGCAGCUCAUCUAAGCAAUGGAAGUAUUGUACAUGUUGAGCUAGGCAAACCUUCAAGGCCAGAAGAAAUCCAAGUAGUUUUAUCUUUGGCAGAAUUUUCCAAAAGUGAUGACCUAGACUCUGAAUGUUUCCGAUUUUUUUCAUUGCAAGACUUUAAAGCUUCAAAAAAUUCUACGACUUCAGAACUCAAAGAGAUCAUCUGCAAGCACACAAAUAGUUUGUAUCCUUCAUUAGAAUUAGUCCCGGAGCUAAUCAGAGUUAGAGAAAAAAACAUGAACCAUCUUUUAAGGGUCAUGACAGAAAAUGAUGUAUUAAGCGACUUUCAUGGGAUAGAAAAAAUUACCUUAGCUAUAGAAAUACUUACUCAGCCAGAAAUCCUUCAAAAUGAGCAUAUGAUUGUUAUGACUAGAAUAUGGUCUCCUUCCACAUGGGAGCUGUCAUUGCCAAUAGAGCUUGUUAUUAGCAGAAAGUCAAGAAUUGAUGAACUAGGGAAGCAAAUUGCAAAUACUUAUGGCUUGAGUGAAAAAUACCUGCAAGUUUGUCUUGUCCCUUAUGUUUAUGCAUUUGCGAGAGUAGAUUUAAUUAAUGAAAGAUGAAUCGAUAUGGAUGGAAAUACUGCUCCAAUAAGUGGGAGUCCGUUUUUUAUUAAUAAAGAUGGAAGUCUAUUGAUGUAAUACACAUUUAGAGCCAGAAAUUCUUUAGAAGAAAUGAGAGAAAUGACUCAAGACGAAAAAUACAGAUUUUCUUAUAAAAAUUAUGGAAUUAAAAGCACAAGAAGUAAGAAAUAUUUAGCAACUGUCGCUCCUUAUAAAGAAAAAGCAGUAAAAAUAACUGUGAAGAAGUCAAAAAAUAACAAUUCUGAAGACAAAUAA